GUUGACCGCUCGCACAUAAUACACCAAUCAAAACGCCUGAUUGUUUGAAAAACCAAUCCAAGACUUUCGCGGCCUGGGCAUGCCGACGAAAAAACAUGAGGAUUGAAACAUGAUGGCCAUUUUAGUUUUUAGAAGAAGGUCAGUUCAGUGCUGUUUGUAAGUCUGUUUCACCUUUUUGUCUUCUAUAAACCCGCCAGCACAGGAACGACAACCCGUCGGGCCCCCGCUGGCACAGGCACAAGUUCCCGCUAGUCCAAUCAGCAGCGGAGUUUUAUAUAAUUGACCAAUCAGAAACUAAAGCUCUUUAUAUUUCUUAGCAACGGUUUUUACGUUAUCGGUCCGAAAUUUGGCAAGCAGAUUGAGCAAAGAUAUUUAAGAAAUUGACAUGAUAUUUGUUAACUGAAUGAAAUAUUACACCGUCUGGAUCUCAACAAUGCAGUUUUUUUGCUAAAUAAUCAACGUGAAUGGCGUAUAAGAGCUGCCGGUGCUUUAAGCUAAAAGCGUUCUGAAGCUUAAAGUGCCGGGGUUUUUUGUAAAAGACAGUAGACUUAGAGUGCCGGGUUUUUUGCAGUGAUACUUAGGGAACCGGUUUUUUUCGUAACAGUUAGUGUCAUUUUUUUGGAAGAUACUCAUUAAACUUAGAGUGCCGGUUACUUUGUACGAGACAAGGUUACCUUUAGAGUGUCAUUUUUUGUAGAAGACAAGUUUACAUUUGGAGUGCCGGUUUUUUUUGUAGAGAUAUUAGAGCACCGGUUUUUUUUACUUACGAUGAAGUUCGCAAUCCUGAUGACCCAUGAGAUUUGAGCGACCUUCCUCCGCUAACACAUGCAUACUAGCGAACUUAAGAAAAUCAAGACGGGGUUAUCUAGGACGGGUUUGUCUGACUUUUCCUUUAGUGCGCAUGCUCUUCUCCGAGGAAACCCCAAAUUAGCUCCGUCGUUUCAAUGCCGAAGACUUUAUUUUGUUCAUUUCGCGUUGUGGCAAGAACUUCAAAAAAUGGCUGAAGAAAUAGUGGAAAACGAGCGUGAGUAACUUCAAUUUUUCAAAUAAAUUCACAAAUAGUUUUAUUUGCAAAUAAUUUAAGGACAACUAUUUUUCAGUCUUGAGAGUAGAGAUUGGCAAACUAUCACUUUUUUUAAAGCUAAUAUUUUUGAACUUUUCUUAAAUUUAGCAGCCCUAUGAUCUGGAACAACGAGAAAGAUGUACUUUUAUGCAGAGAAAUCUUAGUUAAAGAGCCCUAUAAAUUCAAGUUUAAGACCAGGGAAAGAGGUCAAGCGUGGACAGAAAUAAGUGAAAUUCUGAAUCAAAUCCCAGAGUUGGAUAUUUUGCUUGAAGAAAUUAUAGCACGGUCAGUUGAAUGUGCUAAUUCUAUUGCUGAAAAGUCUGGAAGUGAGCAAACAGACAAGGAAAUAGGAGAAAAUGUACGGUUACAAGCACUAGAAACUUUUAAAGAAACACAGAAAAGACAGUCUGCCGAUGGGGAUACAUCAACAAAAAGUAAAAAAUCCAGAAAUACUGGCAGUGAUACGAUUGCUUUUUUGAAAGAAAAGAUGAUCUCAGAGGCUGAAAUUCGUGAGAGAGAGAUAGAUUUGAAGAAAAAGGAAAUAGAAAAACAGCAAAAUAACAUGAUGAAUUUAAUGAGCAAUUCAAUGACCCAAAUGCAACAAAUGAAUAGCUCGUUUAUACAGGCACAACAAACCCAAACGCAAGCAUUGUAUGGCAUUUUAGAAAAAUUAGCCAAGAAGUAAUGAAAUAAACUUUAUUUUUUAUCGUUCAUUAUGUUCAAAACACCAGUUGUAGAAUUGAGGUGAAACACAUGUCUGCUGUCUCAAAAUUGAAUUCUUAGAAUUUAUUGUUGUUGUAUUUCUUGGAAAAACAAUUGUGUGGAGUACUACAUAUAUCAGAAUAUUUUAGCAAGACAUAAAUAUUUUUUUCUCGGGAAAUGUAAUCUACGACAGUCACAUUAUGUUUGUUAGUUAUGUUCUUAUGUUAUAUAGAUAUAAAAACACUUUAAAAUUAAAAACACAACUUUAUUGUUUUGGUAUUUUUGAAACUUAAAACUGUUUGUGCAGAAUAAUUCCAAGUUUAUGCAAAAAAUAUAAUCUAGUGUUGGAGGAUCAACAUCAAAAUAUAACGAUGUAGUGUUUUUACAUAAGUAAGCUCGAGCAUUAUGAAGAAGUGCACAGACUGAUUACAUUUUCCCCACAGCACUCAGACCUAUCUUUAAAUUUUUCUUAAAGUCUAAAAAAUAAUUAAUUCACAAUGUCACCAAAUAUCCAUUCCACAGAUAUUCUCACUUUGCUCAUGGCCUCAUUGAACGAUCUUUGAUCAGCAGUAAUAUUUGCACCCUUAAAAGGCUCCAAUAACUGUGGACGAAUGGGGUAUGGAGGAUCACCAUAAAUGCACAAUAACUGACCAUUGCGAGAAUGUGAAUUUUGUUGUAAACUUUGAAGCAGUCCGGAAGCGUUCAAUAGAGCACAAUCGUGUCUUCCGCCCUUCACAGGUCCGUACAAAUUCGCAAUUAAACCGUUUGGUGCAACAACGCUUUGAAAUUUAAGAGAAUGGACCUGUUUAUGGCCAUUGUAUAAGGCUCGUUGAUGUCUUAUAGGGCGACAUAUCGGACGGACAGUUCCGUCAACAAAUCCCCAACAGAAAAUUUAUAGCAGAGCUUUUCCUAUGAACAGCAUCAGCAUACUCUCUCAACUUUAUUGGAGCUAACUAAUUUUGAUUGAAGUCUCGUAAUUUGUACUCAAAAUGCUGAUGAAUUCAGUUUAACACAAAGUUUGAAAUCAAACUCAGUUCUGGAACAGAUCUCCCAAAUCGAUAGAUCAUGUCGCUAUACCUACAUGGAUAAGCAAAUCUCUUUAGAAAUAUGCUAAAAGCUUCAAUUUUCUCAACCUUGGUUCCAUUAUAACAAAUGACAUGCUGCGGAAUCCGAAACAAAUCAGCUAACACGUAUAUGUCGCUCCUAUAAAAACGAAACUCUGCCAUGCAGUCAGAGUCGUUUAAUUCAUCUAACUGGAACUGACUGUACUGCCAAUAGGGUAUAUCUGGA